AACGGGAAAUAGCGCAACGUCGCCUCGGCGGCUGAACACGGCGUCCGAGAUCCAAGAUGUCCGCAGUCCGGCAAUAGAACGCUUGUAUUUUCCGGGGGGUGUCAACAGAAGGAUCGCAGAAUAUUUUCGCAGUGCGCAUCGCGCGCGGAGUCUUUGUUCGAGGGAUCGGCGAAUCGGCCGAGAUUACGGCGUCGUCCGUCCUCGUGUCCUGUACGCCUGUGAUUAACUCGUGUGUUACGACUCGAAUGCGCGACGACAGCGCGAGAAUCGGGGAGCGAAUAUUAAGAAAGAGGGAGAGAGAGAGAGAGGAAGAGAGAGAGAAAGUGAGAGCGGGACGACGAUCGACAAGCGUCAACUAGUGCUUCGUGUAUGAUUUGCGCUCGCUGAAUGCAAAUUCGUUUGCGUAAAUCACAGAGCAGAGGCAGCUUGGUUGGUGAGGCACUUGAAACGAUCGAGGUCCGACGGCCAAAUUGUGAGAUCUUGAGAAAUUUGAAAUACCGAGAAGCACACAUCGAGAUACGCGAGUGAAUUUUCGCAGGCUCACCGUUUCCGAACAUUAUUCGGACGUCUGGACAGCCAGACUGAAUUAGGUCAAAAAACACAUUUCUGAUCGCUAAUUUUUGAAGGACGACUUGUAACGCCGUCCAUCUAAAGGCCCAACUUAGAACACAAGAGUAUCAGCCACGAACUCACCUCAGUAGAAAAUUUAUAGGGAGAAUGCAGUGGAUAUAUAUUUAAGCAAAAAUUAAAAUGUCAAGUGAUAGCGAUCAUACUUAUCCAGUAAAUAAACGCAAAAAACUUGUCAUAACUGACAGUGAUAACAGCGAUGAGUCCAUUAUUGUACAAACUCGAAGGAGAAAGAAAAUACAUAGAGUUGUUAGUGAAGAAGAGAGUAGUGAUGAUAGUGAUGUACCUAAACCUGUGAUUAGACGACAAAAGAAAUAUAGAGUUAUUAGUGAGGAUGAAUCUAAAUAUGAUAGUAGUGCAUCAGAGGCAGAUAAAUCUACUCAAGUUGAUACAAAUGCAAGUAGUAGUGAUGCAUCCGAAUGGCAUAGUGAUUGGACUAGUUCUGAUGAAGUAAAUAAGGAUUCCAAGAAAUAUAACACUAAGCGCAAGGUUUUACUUAGUUACGAUAGUAGUGCCUCAGAGGCAAAUACAUCCGCUCAGAUUGAUAAUAAUAGUGAUACCUCUUCCGAAUGGCAAAAUGAUUGGACUAGUUCCGAUGAGUUGGAUAAAGGUGUUAAACAUAAUUCUAAACGCAAAGUUUUAUCUAAAACAAAAAAGAAGAAAGCAGAUAAAUCUGCUCCUUCACCAACUAAUGUUGAUAUCGAUUCUGAUAAUAGUGAUGGACAAUUAGAAAAGUGUCCUAUAUGUUUACUGCCAUUUAGAAAACAACAAGUUGGUACACCAUCUGCCUGUGAACACUGUUUCUGUCUGGAGUGUUUACUAGAAUGGAGCAAGAAUAUUAAUACUUGUCCUGUAGACCGCCAAGUUUUCACUAUUAUACAUGUCAGAAAUCAUCUUGGUGGCAAGGUUGUAAAACAUUUACCAGUAGAAGUUGUGCCGCGCCCUGAAGAUCAAAUACAAGAUGAUCCAACAUUUUGUGAAGUGUGUCAUCUGAGUGAUAGGGAAGAUCGAAUGUUACUUUGUGAUGGUUGUGAUUGCGGCUAUCAUUUGGAGUGUCUAACACCUCCAAUGACUGAAGUUCCAAUGGAGGAAUGGUUUUGUCCAGAAUGUUCUCAAAACAGUCAAAAUGAUGCCGAAGCGGUUGAAAUUGACAUGGAUGAGAUCUCAGAUCUUAUGGAGGAAGCGCGGCGUCUUGGUGUAUCGUAUGGUCGUACUCUUACUGGAACAAAUUCGGAAAGUGGAGCGUUGAUUCCUAGAAUCGUUCCUCGCACUCGCCAUACCGAACGUGUACGUGCUAACAUUCGUAAUCGUACUGUGCGCAACACCAUAGCGAAUAUUCGGUUUAUUGAUCCGAAUCAGCCGUCUACGUCAUCUGGUCUAGAUUCGAUUGGUGACAAUAGUCGUUCUCCAAAUGCUAAUUUUCGCGCGUGCGGAGUAAACACUAUGUCCACUAAUUCGAAUAGGACAUCUAAGACUAAAACGACGAAAAAGAAGAGAAAGAAACAGGGGAAGAAAAGCUCAUCAAGAAAUGGCAAUACUGUGUUUCGAGAAGUGAGAAUUAGAGAAAUCAAUGACGACGGCGAAGAGAAGGAAACUGUAACGUACGUCAAAGUAGCAUCGUCCACAUCGAGGAGGAAGUGUAAGAAAAGAACAAAGAAAACGCGCAAGAGGAGAAAAACCAAACGACAUGCGCGCACUGUAUCGUCCGUGUUAGCCAAAACGCGAACAGUAAAAAAGAGACUGGCUACUGCAUUGGGUAUGAGCAAGCCGAAUUUAGAGGUUCCGUUACUUGUACCCACUAUGAGAAACAAUAUCUCGGUAUCUGAGAAAAGUGCUCUCAAGACUGCCAGAUACAACGCCGGUAUACCUCAAAUAAGUAUCUUUGGAGACAAUCUGGGAUUAGACUACAGCCCACCUAUGUCAGACGACGAUGAGUAUUCCAUCGGAAGUGGUCCAAUGAUCGUGAACGUACAACGACGUUCAGCCGUACCGUCGAUCAGACGUCGCGCCGUUCUAAAGACAAUCGCCAAUUCGGUGAACGAAGUAGAAGACACGAAUACGCCAAAUAUUCUGGAUAGUAUAAUCAACAGUCAGGAGCUGUGGCACUCGACCAAGAAUAACAUGGUGCUGAAAGCCGAUGGCACGUUGUUGAUGAACAGUCCCGAGAAGGAGAACAAGCACAGCAUCAACAAUAACGAAAGCCCAAAGAAGGAGAAAGAAGAGAUUACACGACGCAAGGAGGUGAUACUGAAGGAGGUCGACACACCGUUGGAUCUGUCCAAUGUUAAUCCUAACAAUAUUACACAAGCACCGAUGUACAACAAUCCAUGUGGUGGUGGGAACCGAGGUAACUUCCGUGGUGGCUACCGUGACAACGGUCGUCACGGUCAUCACGGCGGCCAGAGCUACGGCGGAGGCGGUCGGGACUCGUUGCCACCGGGCAGUGGUAGACAUAGCUAUGGCAGUGGCGGAACCGGCCCGCGGGAUAAUUUCGGCAACCGCGAUUUUGGACCGCCGCCGUUUUACAAUCCGACUUUCGAGCAUUGCGGCGGUCCGCCUAUGUUCAGCGGCACGCCGCCGCCACCACAUUUUCGAAGCCGCAAUCCUCAGCACUUCCGUAACGAGCGACUGCGAUUUCCACCACCAGUUGAACGACCAUUCAACAAUUACGCAAGCGACAAUUUCGAGCGGCCGCCUUUUCCGCACACCCAGGAUCAGCGCUUUCCCAGGCCCAGAUUACCACUGCCGUUGGGAAUACCACCGCCGCCGCCUUCUGUUCCGUCCGGUGUACCCGCCAAUCCGACGACGGAUUCUCUGAACGCGCAAUCGACGUCGACACACAUGCGUAAUAGCCUGUCUGCCGGCUUAUCGGAGAUAGAUGUGACGCGGAACUAUCAGUCGGAGCAAAAUGAACAUGCGAAUUCAUGUGUCGCACCUGAGCCUGUGUCUGCACCCAUGGACGUCAGACAGGAGAACAAUGACGAUUGCGAUAUUUACUGUGACAUCGAGCCGCCGUCCAAAUCCGACUGCGAUGUUCCGGAGGAGCAUCAUGACAACGGUUCACUGAUUCUUCUACCGCCACCGGAGCCUCCGUCUGGUUUACUCGACUUUGAGGAGAACUCUCGAAGUGAUAAGGAUAACGAUAGCGAUCAGGAGCUUGUAAUUGACGACAGCCACAAGGAAGAACAUACGACGAAAGAUCUUACGCCAAGUGGUGACAAGUACGAUCCAUUUGCAGCUGACAGCGACAGUAACGACGACAACAACACUAUGAAUCCGGAGAAGACCGUGCUCGAGAAAACGACAGAGGUGACUCAGAACAAUAUGGACAGUUAUAACAUACCUAUGCCGACCGCGCCGCCACCGAUGAUACCUGCACCAAGCUGUCCUCCAAUGUCUGCUGGAAGUGCCGCGUCCGAGAGCAGAGAACGGUCGCAGGAAUCUUCUAUUCGUCUGCCCGCGUACGACGAUGACGAUGGCGAUCACGAAUCGCAGUCAGAUUGCCCGAAUUUCUCCAUCUACUCGUCACAGACUAUGGAUGUAGCCAGACACACGGAACAGGAGUUAUCGCAGCAACUGGGUCCUCUACAGCCACCACCGUUACCGCCCAGCAUCCCCGAUGACGAUGAUAUUAUCGUGGGCGACGUACAGGCAUGCGACCUGCCCGAUAUCCCGGAACCAGCCAAUCCCUAUCUUGAGGCGCUGCAGAAAGAGCGGCAGAUUUUGAGCAAGAUACCGCCCAAGAAGAUCUCGCACGAUUCGCAUCGUGGUAAGAUCACCUUUAAGAUCGGCAGCAAGUUGCGACUCAACAAUCGACUAAGCAGUUUGAACGACGAUCCUGGUGUGAAUUCACAAAAUCAUCAAUUAGCAUCGACGGAUGUGGCUGGUAAUAAAGCAGCGUCGCAGAAAAUUGACAAGCCGAAGCAACAAUCCCAUGAUCAGUCGGUGAAGCGCGAUCCGAAGGAGACGAGUGAUGACGAGUCGCAGGAUAAAGAUGAAGACAAGAACGUCAUAGGCCCAUCGAAUCUGGCAGUGAUAUCUACGAGUGGACCAUCGAUAGUUUUGAAUCAGUCAGUUAACAUAGAAUCAUCAUUCGUGAGCGAAGAAAAUGAAGAUACUGCGAUGAAGAUUACGCCAGGUUCAAAAAAGAGAGAAUCGCCGAAAAUUGAUGAAUGCGAGAACAAAGAAAGUUUGAAUAACUCGUCGGACGAGGAAGCCACAAAGAAAGAAGACGAGAAAUUGGAACGCGUCGCUGUCGAUACGUUGUCCACCGACAACAUAUAUGUCGAAGACAACGAACAAGAAGCAUCGCCAAUUCUUGAAUCAGUGGUGAAAAAUAAGAAUGUCGCCAUCGCGGAGAACGCGACAGUAUCAUCUUCUUCGUCGUCGUCAUCAUCGUCGUCAUCAUCAUCCUCGUCGUCGUCAUCGUCUCCGAGAAAACCGGACAACAGUGAACUGGGUAUAGAACAUGGCUCUGAGAACUUGGAGGCCGAUGAUGGUAACACAAACAAAGUCGUUUCGAGCGGCGGUGGGUCACGAAGCGAAACGAACGUGCGUGAGGACUCGCGGGAGUCAAACAGCGACGAUUAUGACAAACUGCUGAGUGACAAACCUGACAAUAAGGCGGGUCACGACAAAUACGAUGAGGAUAGAGUGCUGAGUGACGAGGAUCCGAGCGCUUUAUUGGAUCAGCAGCACGAGAAAGCGAGCUCAAGUUACUCGGUGGACGAUGAGCUGGAGGAGCAGUUCCCGAUAGAGAAGGAUAAACUAGCGGAUAUACCGACGCCGAUUACCGCUUGCCCAAUUGACAACAACUGGGAGUCGGACGGGGCUUACACACCUUGUAAAGACGAAUUGCCCGUGAAGGAUGAAGAUAGAAUGCGACAUGCGGCGUCGUCGUUCGAGGACGGCGGUCUAGAACCAAUCACACCAACGAAGGACAAAGCUAAUGACGACUUGGAUGAUUGCAGAACACCGCCGGCGAGUUAUGCCGGUUUGGGCACCGAAGACAUCUCCGAGACUGACGAGGCGAUCAACUUCGAGGAGGAGCUGUUGAACAUUGCUUUGUUACGUAAAGAGAAAGAUAUGGAGGAUGGCGAGAUACCGGAUGAGAAUAAACUGUUGGCAAAAGAACAACGCGGAAAGUCGCGGGAAAAAGAGGACGAUAGCAAGAGGAAAAAAAAGAAAGACAAGAAGGAGAAGAGCAAGGAGAACACAGAGAAGAACAAGGAGAAUAUCUCAUCGGACAAUUUGGUUUCAUGGAAGAAAAUCUCAAAGAGCACAAAAGAGAGGCAAUAUCGAGACAAGGACAAGAGAUCCAAGUCGCGAGAGAAGGAGCGAGAGAAGGACAAAGAUAAGUCUUCUAAGAAGAAGGUCAAGGAGGUAAGCAAGAAAAAAGAGAAACGGAAAGAACUGCCGCGGUAUGACGUAAGGAAGAUCGUAGCCGAGAAACCACGACCGAGGAAGGAUGAGUACGGCAGAGACAUCAGAGAGAAGUCACGUAGUAGAUCGAGGAGCCGCUCGUCUGGCAAAGUCUCGGGUACGAAGGAUCGCAGGAGUCGGUCGUAUUCAAAGGGACGAACCAGAAGCAGAUCUCGUCUGCGAAUAUCUUGGUCGAGAGAUCGCCGAUCGUAUUCGAAAUCGUGUCGGUCGAUCUCGCGCAGACGUUCGUCCUCCCGCAACAAGCGCAAGUCGUCGCGCAGAAGAUCCGUAUCACGCAGACGUUCCUUAUCCAGACGACACUCAGUGUCGCGUAGAAGAUCGCGUUCGUUGUCGCGCAAGCGAAGGUCCUCGCUGUCGCCCAGACGACGAUCCAGGCGGUCGCUGUCGCGAUCGCGCGACAAGAGAAAAGACAAGACGAAGAAGUACAAGUCGCGCAGUCGCUCGAGAAACCGCAAGCGAUCACGCAGCAAAUCGCCAAAGAGGACGUCGUCGAAGUCGCGCGAGAAGAAGCACAAUAAGAGAAAGCCGCACAGCAGAUCGCGCUCAAAAGCCGGCAGGUCGUGCUCGCGCGAUCGAGACAAUCGCAACGCGAGGAACUGGGAGCCGCUGAACAUAGAGAAGAGCGUAGAGCAACACGCCCCCGUGGAGCAGCGCGAAUUCCCGCGCGAACGAGACGCGCGUUCCUGGAGCGCACAAUGGACACCAUCCUGGUCGCGCUCGCGGUCGAAGACUCCGCCGCAUAUGCAGCAGGAGCCGAUCGGCUCGCGCAACUGGUCGCCACCGCCGGUAUUGGACAGCGUGUCGCCGAAGAACUUAACCGUCAUAUUGACGAACAAGGAGGCGAUCAAGAAAAAGAAGAAGGAACGCAGGAAAGAGAGCCGGAAGUCCAAGACGGAGACUGAGAAACGCCGGAAGGGUAAGCGAAACAGAACACCGCCACCUUCGAAGGAGGUCUUCGCCAGCGGUGACAACAUUCUGGUGAGCGUGUGCUUCAAUAAGGACAACGAGAUGAAUCCGACAAACAUACCGGAACUGCCGGAAACUAUACCAUGUGCGCCGCCAAUAAAGCGUCGACGAAGGGAUUCUGUGCAAACGGAAUCGCCGCCGCCGCCGCCGCCUGUCAAGCGCUCGAAGAAGGAAAAGACUAAGGACAAGCGAUCCAAGUCACCGAAAGUGAAGAAGGAUAAAAAGAAGAAGUCCAAGGCAGCGGAGAUCGCGGCGACGAAGAAGCCUGUGGCCGUAAUCGAUUUGGACCAGUCACCGUUCCGGGAACAGACUCCGUCGCCGCGUGACGUGAUCGUUCUGAGUGACGACGACGACAAGCAAGCACAGGAGGCUGCUACACCAGAACAGUGUCCUCCUUCGCAGGUGACAUCGCCACCACGCGAGCAAUUCGUCUCGCAGGGACCUAAAACACCGCCCGAGCCGCAGAUCAAGUUCUCCAUAAACAAGCAACCGAGCAAUUUGCGACCGUCUCUGAUAAAUCCGUUGCUGGAGGAAGAAGAAGAAGAGGAAGAAAUGGAGGAAGAAGAGAUGAUGGACGAGCGAGCCGAAGAGGAAUUGGAGAUACGCGCGCAGGAAGAACUCGAACUGCGUCUCAAGAUCGGCCCCAACACACCUCCGGAACCGCCGACUUCACCGUUGAGCUCAUCGGAUGUUUACGAUCCCUUUGAUCCGACCAAGUCCCGUUCACCGACGCCGGAUGCCAGUCAAGAGGCUACGCCGAAUGAUGAGCGUGAUCAUGCGCAGCGCAACUCACCCAGGAAACACGACACAGCGGACACUCCAUUGCCGGACGAGCCGAGCCAGCAGCAGGAUCAGCCCGCUCAGGAAAAACCGCCAGAGAAGCCAAAGAUAAUAUCCGUGGUAACUAUUAAGAGGGCUUCCCCGCAGAGGGACACCACGUCUCCCGCGCCGGAAAAUCAAACCGACAUAGCUCAGUCGGGUAGCAGUCCCAAGACUCAACAGAAUCAACAGAACGUGCAAUCAACCGCCAAUCCGUUCGCCACUAUCAAUCCCGUGCUGGCAACUGUGGCGGCAGCGGUGCAGAGAAGUACUGUCUUCAACCCCAGCACUCCUAACACUACACAAAGGACGUUGCUGCAGUCUAACCGCACUUCGCCCAGCAAUCAAAUAAAGCAGCGCACAAAUGACAGGCCGCAGCUUCCUAACAUAUUCACGAAUUCUACGAAAACCACGAUGGCGAGAUCUUCCAAGUCCGCUCAGGGUAAAACCAGCUCGACGAUCGGACAAAAUGGGAGCGACGCGGCUGCGGAUAUGACGAGCGACAACGUCGACAUGUCGUCACCUUAUUCACCAGGCUCAACAUUGAGCGACGGUCUCUUUGAUCCUCCUAGUCCUGUCAAUUUCAACAACUCGCCCGUUCUCAACGCACCGCCUGCCGCUACUAAGACUAGCAGCACGCCGAAAGUCAAUAAAAGUGCGGAAAAGAAAGAUGCGUUCGAUGCGCUAUUCGGCGGAGUAUUGCCGCCUGUUAAGACUGCAACUAAAAAUCGGAGCAAAAAGACCAAGGAAAAGACGAAGAAGUCUACCAAUCCUAAGGUUGGCGUACGUAUGGACGAAAACCAACUUCAAAUCCUGGACGAUCUUCCGAGUUCUGCCGUAGAAAUGCAAGUUAAAGAUAAGUUCCUCAAGAAGCUAAAUCGACAAGAGAGAGUCGUGGAGGAAGUCAAAUUAGUUCUCAAACCCCAUUACACCAAAAAGCACGUUACGAAAGAGGAAUACAAGGAUAUCAUGCGCAAAGCUGUACCUAAGAUAUGCCAUAAUAAGACAGGCGAAAUCAAUCCUAAGAAGAUAGCGCAUCUUAUAGAAGCGUAUGUGAGAAAGUGUCGAAACAACAAGAAGAAGACUUCUUCCGCUAAAAUAUCGAAACCUCCGAAAACUCUAUGGAGUUGAUCACGUGUCGGCAAUUCUAGCGCAUUAGAAAUUUCUUCGACGUUAGGCCUCUCCUUAGACGGCAUGUAAAACACAUUCUAUCUUCUGGAUGGUAAGUGAAUGAAGCGUUUCUACCGCAUACACAUCUCCAUCGAUAGCACCGAAAAAAUGUGUAUUGUGUGUAUAUAUACAUAAUUCAUUAAUUGUAUAAGCAUAUAAUAUUUUUUAUUUAUCUAAAUAAUUGUUUACAAUAUAAGAUACACAUAAUUAAGGGUCGUAAGUGAUUGAUAUUAUCCAGAAGUUUUAAUAUCUACAUAACAUGUACACGCAUGCACGAAGGCGCUCAACGAUGUACGGCCUCGGCUCCGUUGUUGCGCGUAAAGUACACGGGCGUACAUUAUUGCGGUGCCUCCUAAAACAUGGACUUGGGUUUGGAUCGUGAUCAGCCCGACUUUGCGACGUAUUUAGAAAAUAUAAUAUUGUACGAUAAGAUAUUAGAGUGUGCGGUCACGUAGUUGAGGUAAAGGAAAAACGGAUGAGAGGACGCUCCAGCAAUUCGAGCUACUUACGGAAGAGAAUAUAUAGGUCGCUGGCAACUUGCGUUGUAAAAUUAAUAGAUUUUAAUCUUAUUGUUAUAUAUACAUAAGCGAAAGUGGCCUCCACGUGAAAAUCAUUUUUCAUACGACUUUCAUUUUCAUCAGGAUAGGAUAUGCGAAAACUUCUUUUACUAGACAUAUUUCGUAAAAACAAAACAAACGAGUGGUUUUUUGAAUCGCAAUGCACACAGGUUUUCUAAUAAUCGUUAACAAAUUCAGAUAUUGUAAAUAAAAUAAAACAUGUAAAAAAUUCCCACAUUUUGUGCGCGCCGUGAAAUUGGUUUAAUUGUUGCGUUAUAUACGCUUUUACCUUAGAUUUACGUCUAUAGAUCCGAUAUACCGCCAUUCGUUAAAGAGCAAGUGUCGAGAGAUAUUUUCAUUACGUUUCAGCACUCGAUUACAAAAAAUCGACAUUUUGUUUAUAUGAUCUGUUCCAUUUAUACGUUUUGCAAAAGACAAAUCGUUCAUCGUUUUGUGAAUCCCACAGCCCGUAUUCACGUCUUGCGUUUUAACACAAAAUGCGACCGUAUGAUUCUUAAAAAAUAUUUAACAUAAAUAUUUAACUUGAUCUUAAUAUUAAGUUAACGAUAUACGUGUGGAAUUAGACGGCCGUGUUAAUUAAGAAGGAUACGCAAGACGUGAACUUGCGUACUUGCUACUUGUAAGAGAAUAAGAGAAUGUGACGUAUCAUGGGAACAGGGAAUCUCGCUUUUUAAAAAGCAUUUGAUGUACCAAAUUGAGAAAUGUAUAACGCGUUAAAAUACAGAGAUGUAAUCGUGAUCGUGAAUUACACUAGUAGUAAUGAAACAAUAAAUAAUGCUAUAUAAUACAGUUACAACUUUUGCAUACCAUAAAAGAAUGUUGACGCAACACAGUAUGUCCGUUUUAUACGUUAACACAGGUAUCUUUUCAACGAGCUCGAAUAUCAAUUAAUGCCAAAACAAUAUGAAUUCUCUCAUCCAAAGUAUUGUUUUAUAUUGUUAACGGUCAAAGAGAAAUAACUGCUCUUAACGGGGCAGAAACGGGUACACUGUGGUAAUAUUAAUUUUUUAGAGUAUCAUUGUUACAUAAAUAUUUAAACGCUGCAAUACGAAAUUCUGUUAGAUAUUUUACAAAUCAGAUUAUAUGCUCACAAUCAUAUAUGAGAUACACUAUAUGGAUAGGUUUUGUACUUUUUAUGUGUAAUAACAGGAGUUAUAUAUCCGUUUUGAAACAUGAAAUAAACACUUGUGCGUUGAACAGAAAAAUAAAUAAAUUAAUUUAUAUGUAAUAAAGCAUAAACAUACUGUCUGCUGAAAUGUUGAAAGAAUGACAUAUGACGGCUCGUAUCAUAGAAUGUUCAGUAAUAAUGUUAAAAAACCAUGUCCUUCGACAUGUUCGAAAAGGUCAUUAGUUCUUGUGUGCAUGAAUCCUCUUUUGUACUACACAGUAAUGUACAUAAACAAACGAAGAAUAAAGAGUUUAAUAUUAUCGAA